GGGUCCUCUGCUACCCGGAGAAGGGCGGAGCCGCUCCACGGAGCCCCGCCCAGUCCUUCGUGGACCAAACCGAGCAGGAGCAGGCACCAGAUAGCAGGGACAGCGCGUGUCCCAGCACGUGUCCCAGCACCAGACGUCUGUCUUCCUGCGCUCCAGGCCGCGCCAUGCUUGCGCUCCGAAGCAGCCUGAUGAGGAUGCUGGCCCCGUGGGCUCUGGCGCGUCAGGUGUGCUCAUCUUUUACUGUUGACCACAAACAACGAGAAGGAACAUUCUAUGAGUUUUGUACUUAUUAUCUUAAACCCUCAAAUGUGGAAGAGUUCCUGCACAAUUUUAAGAAAAAUGUUCAUCUUCGGACAGCACACUCUGAAUUGGUUGGAUAUUGGAGUGUAGCAUUUGGAGGCAGAAUAAACACAGUAUUCCAUAUUUGGAAGUAUGAUAAUUAUGCUCACCGUGCUGCAGUGCACAAUAUCUUGGCCAAGGAUAAGGAAUGGCAAGAACGAUUCCUCAUUCCAAAUUUGCCUUUCAUUGAUAAACAAGAGAGUGAAAUUACAUACUUGGUACCAUGGUGCAAAAUAGGAAAACCUCCGAAGGAAGGAGUCUAUGAACUGGCUACUUUUCUCAUGAAACCUGGUGGCCCAACUCUAUGGGGUGACGCAUUUGAAAGAGCAGUAAAUGCCCAUGCUAAUCAAGGCUACGUUAAACUAAUUGGUGUGUUCCAUGCAGAGUAUGGAUUGCUCAACAGAGUUCAUGUUCUGUGGUGGACUGAGAAUGCAGACAUUCGGGCAGCUGGGAGACAACGAGCACAUGAAAAUCCCAGACUCGUGUCUGCUGUUCGGGAAAGUGUCAACUACCUCAAUACUCAGCAGAAUAUGUUCCUGAUUCCUUGGUCGUUUUCACCACUGAAAUAGUUUCCUACCGACUGUUUUAGUAGCUGAUGUGAGAUGUGUCAGCGGCCAGUGCUUCAACUCUCUCUAGAGAAUUAUUUCAACUUUUAUUAGAAGAAAGUGGUAAGUUAAUUUACUAUGCAUUUUUAAAGCCCAUUGAGGGCCCUUUUAU